CCGCCAGCACCCACCCCAUUCGUUUGUUAUAACUCGGGUACAUUUCUUCCUCUCCUAAGCAGAGAGCUGUUCACCUUGGUUAAUGACCUUAGACCUUGGACCACUCAGCCACUAAUAAACCAAGGAGAAACCCAGCCUGUGCCAGGCCUAGAAAUGUCCACCCCCGCCCCCACCCCCUUUAAGACAGGCCGGAAUUCUGUUGGUUGAUAAAUGAGAAGAGCUGAGAAGCCGCUGCGAUGACUGUUCCGAGAAUCUGAUUUGGGAGAAGGCGAAUCUCCAGGAGCACCAUGGCGAUGCUUUGGGAAAGCGGGCCAGCCUACCUGCCGGAAGGAGGACUAGAGAGAGGGGGGAUGGCAGAGAGAAAUGCUUAAGGGAGAUGGCCUGGAGGUGCCCAAAGAGGAACAUUUGAAAAGGAAAACAGAGGCCGCAUCUCGGGAAGACAUCUCCGCGGAGCAGGAAGCCACCCACCACCAUGAGCAGCACUCUGUCACCCACAGACUUCGACAGCUUGGAAAUCCAGGGCCAGUACAGUGACAUCAACAACCGCUGGGACCUGCCCGACUCAGACUGGGACAAUGACAGCAGCUCGGCUCGCCUUUUUGAGAGGUCUCGAAUCAAGGCCCUGGCAGAUGAGCGAGAAGCCGUGCAGAAGAAAACCUUCACCAAGUGGGUGAACUCGCACUUGGCCCGGGUGACGUGUCGGGUGGGAGACCUGUACAGCGACCUCCGGGAUGGGCGCAACCUCUUGAGGCUCCUGGAGGUGCUCUCGGGAGAGACACUGCCAAAGCCUACCAAGGGCCGCAUGAGGAUCCACUGCUUGGAGAAUGUAGACAAGGCUCUGCAGUUUCUGAAGGAGCAAAAAGUGCACUUGGAAAACAUGGGCUCCCAUGACAUCGUGGAUGGGAACCACCGACUGACCCUUGGGCUGGUCUGGACCAUCAUCCUUCGGUUCCAGAUCCAAGACAUCAGUGUGGAGACAGAAGACAACAAGGAGAAGAAGUCAGCCAAGGACGCCCUGCUGCUCUGGUGCCAGAUGAAGACCGCAGGGUAUCCCAAUGUUAAUGUGCACAACUUCACCACCAGCUGGAGGGAUGGACUGGCCUUUAAUGCUAUCGUACACAAACAUCGGCCAGACCUGCUGGAUUUUGAGUCCUUGAAGAAAUGCAAUGCACACUACAAUCUGCAGAAUGCUUUCAAUCUGGCUGAAAAGGAGCUGGGAUUGACCAAGCUGCUGGAUCCUGAAGAUGUGAAUGUGGACCAACCAGAUGAGAAAUCCAUCAUAACCUAUGUGGCUACCUACUACCACUACUUCUCCAAGAUGAAGGCCCUGGCUGUGGAAGGCAAAAGAAUUGGCAAGGUGCUGGACCACGCCAUGGAGGCGGAGCGCCUGGUGGAGAAGUAUGAGUCUCUGGCCUCUGAACUGCUGCAGUGGAUCGAGCAAACCAUCGUGACCCUCAAUGACAGGCAGUUGGCCAACUCCCUGAGCGGUGUCCAGAACCAGCUGCAAUCCUUCAAUUCCUACCGCACCGUGGAGAAGCCGCCCAAGUUCACUGAGAAAGGGAAUUUGGAGGUGCUGCUCUUCACCAUCCAGAGCAAGCUACGGGCCAACAACCAGAAGGUCUACACGCCCCGCGAGGGCCGGCUGAUCUCUGACAUCAACAAGGCCUGGGAGCGGCUGGAGAAAGCAGAGCAUGAGCGGGAACUGGCCCUGCGCACGGAGCUGAUCCGCCAGGAGAAGCUGGAGCAGCUGGCCGCCCGCUUCGACCGCAAGGCCGCCAUGCGGGAGACCUGGCUCAGUGAGAACCAGCGUCUUGUGUCCCAGGACAACUUUGGGCUGGAACUGGCUGCGGUUGAGGCAGCAGUGCGGAAGCACGAAGCCAUUGAGACCGACAUCGUGGCCUACAGUGGCCGGGUGCAGGCAGUGGAUGCUGUGGCCGCCGAGCUGGCCGCCGAGCGCUACCACGAUAUCAAGCGUAUCGCUGCUCGGCAGCACAAUGUGGCUCGGCUCUGGGACUUCUUGAGGCAGAUGGUGGCUGCGCGUCGGGAGCGGCUCCUCCUCAACCUGGAGCUGCAGAAAGUGCUUCAGGACCUGCUCUACCUCAUGGACUGGAUGGAAGAGAUGAAGGGGCGGCUGCAGUCUCAGGACCUGGGCAAGCACCUGGCUGGAGUGGAGGACCUGCUGCAGCUGCACGAGCUGGUGGAGGCCGACAUCGCCGUGCAGGCUGAGAGGGUGCGGGCUGUGAGCGCCUCUGCCCUGCGCUUCUGCGACCCAGGGAAAGAGUACAGACCAUGUGACCCGCAGCUGGUGUCAGAGCGGGUGGCUACCCUGGAGCGGAGCUAUGAGGCCCUGUGUGAGUUGGCAGCGGCUCGCAGGGCUCGUCUGGAGGAAUCACGGCGCCUCUGGCGGUUCCUCUGGGAAGUGGGAGAGGCUGAGGCCUGGGUGCGGGAGCAGCAGCACCUCCUGGCCUCAGCUGACACUGGCAGGGACCUGACCGGUGUCCUCCGCCUGCUCAACAAGCACACGGCUUUGCGGGGUGAGAUGAGUGGCCGGCUGGGGCCCCUGAAGCUCACCCUGGAACAGGGCCAGCAGUUGGUUGCAGAGGGCCAUCCUGGAGCCAGCCAGGCUGCUGCCCGUGCAGCCGAGCUCCAGGCACAGUGGGAGCGGCUGGAGGCCCUGGCCGAGGAACGGGCCCAGCAGCUUGCUCAGGCUGCCAGCCUCUACCAGUUCCAAGCCGACGCAAACGACAUGGAGGCCUGGUUGGUGGAUGCCCUGCGCCUAGUGUCCAGCCCUGAGCUGGGGCACGACGAGUUCUCCACACAGGCCCUGGCCAGGCAGCACCGAGCCCUGGAGGAGGAGAUCCGAGGCCACCGACCCACCCUGGAGGCCUUGAAGGAACAGGCUGUGGCCCUGCCUCCCGCACUGAGCCACACGCCCGAGGUGCAGGGCAGGGUGCCUACACUGGAGCGGCAGUACGAGGAGCUGCAGGCACGGGCGGGCGAGCGUGCUCAGGCCCUGGAAGCAGCCCUGGCACUCUACACCAUGCUCAGCGAGGCUGGGGCCUGUGGGCUCUGGGUGGAGGAGAAGGAGCAGUGGCUCAACGGGCUGACCCUGCCUGAGCGCCUGGAGGACCUCGAGGUGGUACAGCAGAGGUUUGAGACCCUAGAGCCGGAAAUGAAUGCCCUGGCAGUGCGAAUUACUGCUGUGAAUGACAUAGCUGAGCAGUUGCUAAAGGCCAACCCUCCAGGGAAGGACCGGAUUCUCAACACUCAGAAGCAGCUCAACAACAGGUGGCAGCAGUUUCGGUCCCUGGCAGAUGGCAAGAAGGCAGCUCUGACAUCAGCCCUGAGCAUCCAGAACUACCACCUAGAGUGCACGGAGACCCAGGCCUGGAUGAGAGAGAAGACCAAGGUUAUCGAGUCCACCCAGGGCCUGGGUAAUGAUCUGGCCGGGGUACUGGCCCUGCAGCGGAAGCUGGCUGGCACUGAGCGAGACCUGGAGGCCAUCGCCGCUCGGGUGGGUGAACUGACCCGAGAGGCCAAUGCCUUGGCUGCUGGCCAUCCGGCCCAAGCCCCUGCCAUCAACACCCGGCUUGGGGAGGUACAGGCCGGCUGGGAGGACCUGCGAGCCACUAUGCGGCGAAGAGAGGAGUCCUUGGGUGAGGCACGGAGGCUGCAGGACUUCCUGCGCAGCUUGGAUGACUUCCAAGCUUGGCUAGGUCGCACGCAGACCGCUGUGGCCUCCGAAGAAGGGCCGGCUACCCUGCCUGAGGCUGAGGCCCUCUUGGCCCAACACGCAGGCCUACGGGGAGAAGUGGAGCGUGCCCAAAGCGAGUAUAGCCGCCUGCGGGCCUUGGGCGAGGAGGUGACCCGCGACCAGGCAGAUCCCCAGUGCCUCUUCCUACGGCAGCGGCUGGAAGCCCUGGGAACCGGCUGGGAGGAGCUGGGCCGCAUGUGGGAGAGCCGGCAAGGCCGCCUGGCCCAGGCUCAUGGCUUCCAGGGAUUCCUACGGGAUGCUCGCCAGGCUGAGGGCGUGCUCAGCAGCCAGGAGUAUGUUCUAUCUCACACGGAGAUGCCAGGGACACUCCAGGCUGCUGAUGCUGCCAUUAAAAAGCUGGAAGACUUCAUGAGCACCAUGGAUGCCAAUGGGGAACGCAUCCGUGGGCUCCUGGAGGCUGGGCGUCAGCUGGUGUCAGAGGGCAACAUCCACGCCGAGAAGAUCCAGGAGAAGGCAGACUCCAUCGAGAGCAGACACAGGAAGAAUCAAGAAGCCGUGCAGCAGCUUCUGGGCCGCCUGAGGGACAACCGAGAGCAGCAGCACUUCUUGCAAGACUGUCAUGAGCUGAAACUCUGGAUUGACGAGAAGAUGCUGACAGCUCAGGAUGUGUCCUAUGAUGAGGCCCGCAACUUGCACACCAAGUGGCAGAAGCACCAGGCAUUCAUGGCCGAGCUAGCCGCCAACAAGGACUGGCUGGACAAGGUGGACAAGGAAGGGCGAGAGCUGACCCUUGAGAAGCCAGAACUGAAAGCGCUGGUGUCAGAAAAGCUGGGGGACCUGCACAGGCGCUGGGAUGAGCUGGAGACCACCACCCAGGCCAAGGCCCGCAGCCUCUUUGAUGCCAACCGUGCUGAACUGUUUGCCCAAAGCUGCUCGGCGCUGGAGAGCUGGCUAGAGAGCCUGCAGGCCCAGCUGCACUCCGAUGACUAUGGCAAGGAUCUGACCAGCGUCAACAUUUUGCUCAAGAAGCAGCAGAUGCUGGAACGGGAGAUGGCUGUGAGAGAGAAGGAGGUGGAGGCAAUCCAGGCCCAAGCAAAGGCACUGGCCCAGGAAGACCAGGGUGCAGGGGAGGUGGAGAGGACCUCAAGAGCUGUGGAAGAGAAGUUCAGGGCCCUGUGCGAGCCCAUGAAGGAGCGCUGCCAGCGCCUGCAUGCCUCUCGUGAGCAGCACCAGUUCCACCGGGAUGUGGAGGAUGAGAUUUUAUGGGUGACAGAGCGGCUGCCCAUGGCCAGCUCCAUGGAACAUGGCAAGGACCUGCCUAGUGUUCAGCUUCUCAUGAAGAAAAACCAGACCCUGCAGAAAGAGAUCCAAGGCCACGAGCCCCGGAUUGCUGACCUCACAGAGCGGCAGCGGACUCUGGGCACAGCAGCAGCAGGCCCCGAGCUGGCCCAGCUCCAAGAAAUGUGGAAACGCCUGAGCCACGAACUGGAGCUUCGGGGGAAGCGAUUGGAGGAGGCCCUGAGGGCCCAGCAGUUCUACCGCGAUGCUGCAGAGGCCGAGGCCUGGAUGGGUGAGCAGGAGCUGCACCUGCUGGGCCAGGAGAAAGCCAAGGAUGAGCUGAGUGCCCAGGCAGAGGUGAAGAAACACCAGGUGUUGGAACAAGCCCUGGCUGACUACGCCCAGACCAUCCACCAGCUGGCAGCCAGCAGCCAAGACAUGAUUGACCAUGACCACCCAGAGAGCACGAGGAUAUCAAUCCGCCAGGCCCAGGUGGACAAGCUGUAUGCCAGCCUGAAAGAACUGGCUGGAGAGCGGCGCGAGCGCCUGCAGGAGCACCUCCGGCUGUGCCAACUCCGUCGUGAGUUGGAUGACCUGGAGCAGUGGAUCCAGGAGCGUGAGGUGGUGGCGGCCUCCCACGAGCUGGGCCAGGACUACGAACAUGUGACUAUGCUCCGGGACAAAUUCCGCGAGUUCUCUCGGGACACAAGCACCAUCGGUCAGGAGCGUGUGGAUAGCGCCAACACACUGGCCAAUGGGCUCAUUGCGGGGGGCCAUGCCGCACGGGCCACCGUAGCUGAGUGGAAGGACAGUCUCAAUGAGGCCUGGGCUGACCUGCUCGAGCUGCUGGACACACGGGGUCAAGUGCUGGCCGCUGCCUACGAGCUGCAGCGCUUCCUGCACGGGGCCCGCCAAGCCCUGGCACGGGUGCAGCACAAGCAGCAGCAGCUUCCAGAUGGGACCGGCCGUGACCUCAAUGCUGCUGAGGCCCUGCAGCGCCGACACUGUGCCUAUGAGCACGACAUCCAGGCCCUCAGCGCCCAGGUCCAGCAGGUGCAGGAUGAUGGCCAGCGACUCCAGAAGGCCUAUGCUGGAGAUAAGGCUGAGGAGAUUGGCCGCCAUAUGCAGGCUGUAGCCGAGGCCUGGGCCCAGCUUCAGGGAAGCUCUGCUGCACGCCGCCAGCUGCUGCUGGACACCACAGACAAGUUCCGUUUCUUCAAGGCUGUCAGGGAGCUGAUGCUGUGGAUGGACGGCAUUAAUGUGCAGAUGGAUGCCCAGGAGCGGCCCCGGGACGUGUCCUCUGCAGACCUGGUCAUCAAGAACCAACAAGGCAUCAAAGCAGAGAUUGAGGCCAGAGCAGACCGUUUCUCCUCCUGCAUCGACAUGGGGCAGGAGCUGCUGGCCAGGAGCCACUACGCAGCCGAGGAGAUCUCAGAGAAGCUGUCUCAGCUGCAAGCCCGGCGCCAGGAGACAGCUGACAAGUGGCAGGAAAAGAUGGACUGGCUCCAGCUUGUUUUGGAGGUGCUCAUGUUCGGGAGAGAUGCAGGGAUGGCAGAGGCCUGGCUGUGCAGUCAAGAGCCACUGGUGCGGAGCGCAGAGCUGGGCUGCACGGUGGAUGAAGUGGAGAGCCUCAUCAAGCGGCAUGAAGCCUUUCAGAAGGCAGCGGUGGCUUGGGAAGAGCGUUUCAGCGCACUGGAGAAGCUCACUGCGCUGGAAGAGCGGGAGAGGGAGAGGAAGAGACAGAGGGAGGAGGAGGAACGGAGGAAACAGCCCCCUGCUCCGGAGCCCACAGCCUGUUUGCCCAAAGGAGACGUGGUGGACAGCCAGACAGCUCCUGAUGCUGCCUGGGACGGAACCCAUCCACGCCUGCCACCAUCCACACAGGUGCCCAGCGUUAAUGGGGUCUGCACAGAUGCUGAGUCCUCACAGCUCCUGUUGGAACAACAGAGACCUGAGCAGGGUAGCCUCCCAGAAGGGCCUGUGAGUCCCCCUGCAGGUGGAUCUGGUGCAGGGGAUGAGGCCAAUGGGCCACGGGGAGACAGGCAGACACGGCCCCGCGGCCCAGCUGCUCCUGUGAUGCCCCAGAGCAGAUCGUCUGAGUCAGCCCAUGUUGCCACCUUGCCCACUCGAGGCCCAGAGCUCUCUGCCCAGGAGCAGAUGGAGGGAAUGCUCUGCCGCAAACAGGAGAUGGAGGCCUUUGGCAAAAAGGCUGCCAACAGAUCCUGGCAGAACGUGUACUGUGUCCUGCGGCGUGGGAGCCUUGGCUUUUACAAGGAUUCGAAAGCAGCCAGUGCAGGAGUGCCAUACCAUGGAGAAGUGCCUGUCAGCCUGGCCAGGGCCCAGGGCAGUGUGGCCUUCGAUUAUCGAAAGCGCAAACAUGUCUUCAAGCUGGGCUUACAGGAUGGAAAAGAAUAUUUGUUCCAGGCCAAGGAUGAGGCAGAGAUGAGCUCGUGGCUGCGGGUGGUGAAUGCGGCCAUUACUGCUGCAUCCUCGGCCUCCGGAGAGCCAGAAGAGCCAGCAGUGCCCAGUGCCACUCGUGGCAUGACUCGGGCCAUGACCAUGCCCCCAGUGUCACCAGCAGGGGCUGAGGGGCCUGUCGUGCUGCGCAGCAAGGACGGCAGAGAACGGGAGCGAGAAAAACGUUUCAGCUUCUUCAAGAAGAACAAGUAGAUAGGGGGACAAGACUCCCAGGUCAGCUCCCUCCCUCUGUUCAGGAAACUGCCAGGGACUGUUGACAGGGACCACCCUUUUGUCAGGACAACUGCCUGCUGCUAGGGUCUGUUGCCAAGGUCAGCCCAUCACCAGGAACUGUCACUGGGGACAAGCCAAUGUUCCCAAGAACAACCUUCUCUUCUAUUUAAUUCCAGACUGGUGGUGGGACUCGGGCAACCCCCAAUCCCACUCCUCCCAUCCCCUUCUCCCCUCUUCCCCAGACUUAUGGUCCCAUCCCCCCAGCACAGUGCGGAUAGCACUGCAUCCCGGACAUAGGCCAUGUGGGACGCGGCUGCCCCACCUCAGGGUCGUUCUCUUACCACAACUAGGGCGCACUGUCCACCACUGGUUCCUUGCCCCUGGGGACCAGCCAGGAACCUCUCAGAGCUGAAGCAGGCCCCAGGGGCAGGAGCGCCAGAUGAUGGAGUCGGAGGCGCUGCAGCUGUCCCUUCCCAUCCUGCCUCACCCUCUGACUCAAGUGGCCAUUUUAUCUUCAGUUGCUCUCAGUGGCUUCCAGGUGUGGGUUGUUCAGGGGCAGCCACAGCCUUGAUUCUGGCCAAGGAGGUGAUUAAACGGCUCAGCUUCUCUCAC